GUCACCCCCCGCUUUGACGUUAGCGCUCGUGCAGAGGAGGAGAGGACUCACACACGCUCACGCUCGCACACGGCGCGCACUCGGAGCCGCGGCGGGGUCAGCGGCUCUUCUUCACUCUCCUCCUCCUCCUCCUGUCAGCAGGAGAAAAGUUUGCGCGCAGACGACAGGAGCCUCACGCGCGCAGACGCUCUGUUUUUGUUUUUAGUUUUAUUUUUUAUUAAGAAUUGCUCCCGUGAGGAUCUUCCUCACAAGACGACAGUUCCUGCACAGUUCCGUCCGUACAAACUGACAGUUUGAGUUGAAGAGGAGCAACCAGAAAAGAAGGAGGAUUCGAACCAACGACUCACCAGCGCAGUUGACGCCUGUUUGGCUCCCAGGGCUUAUUCUGGGUGAGGCGAGCCCACCGCCUACACAUCCUGCAGGGGUGGAGAGCGGUAUGGCGGCUGUGUUGCCGAGAACCCUGGGUGAGCUGCAGCUCUACAGGAUUCUGCAGCGGGCCAACCUGCUCUACUACUACGAGGCCUUCAUCCAGCAAGGCGGUGAUGACGUUCAGCAGCUGUGCGAGGCCGGCGAGGAGGAGUUCCUGGAGAUCAUGGCUCUCGUCGGGAUGGCUAGUAAGCCCCUACAUGUGCGGCGCCUCCAGAAAGCACUGCGAGACUGGGUCACCAACCCGGCCAUCUUCAACCAGCCGCUCACCUCGCUGCCGGUCUGCAGCAUCCCCGUAUACAAGCUGCCCGAGGGCUCGCCCACGCUGCUCACCGCUCAAGACAGAGCCAACACCGCCAGCGUCAAGUUACCCAAAGCCAUCGCUGCCGCCUGCUCUGACCCGGGGAAGCUGGACGUGGCUAGGGACAAAGUGUCUGCCGGGUCGCCCCUGCAGGGAAGCAGCGAGGUCCGAUUCUGGUCGGGACACAGCAACGACAGCGAGCACAGCCUGUCUCCGUCAGAUCUGGGCUCUCCAUCUUCACCCAGAGACGCCCUGGAGGCGUUGGAUGCAGCAGCGGUGCAGUCGGUCCUGGAGUGCGUGGACCGGAUGGCUCCUGGACUCCCAAAGACAGACCUGGCCGAGGUCAAAGACCAGCUCAAGAGCAACAAGAAGCUGGCAAAGAUGAUCGGACACAUCUUUGAGAUGAGCGACGAUGAGCCGCGCCGGGAGGAGGAAAUUCGGAAAUACAGCGCCAUCUAUGGACGCUUUGACUCCAAGAGGAGGGAUGGCAAGCACCUGACACUGCACGAGUUGACGGUGAACGAAGCGGCGGCACAGCUCUGCAUGAGGGACGUGGCGCUGCUGACGAGACGAGACGAGCUGUUCGGACUUGCGCGGCAGAUCUCCAGAGAGGUCACCUACAAAUACACUUACCGCACCAGCAAGUCUCGCUGCGGUGACAGAGAUGAACCGUCCCCUAAAAGGAUUAAAACAGAGGAGAACUUCUUCGAUAUCCAGGAGGCUCUGCAGGCCAUCCACAUGAGGCAGGAGAUGCUGAGGGAGCAGCUGGCCUGCGCCAAGUCCAAAGGGGAGGAGACGGUCGGACGUAACCUGCAGAUGCAGCUGGAGCGCCUGCUGGCAAGGCAAAUGGAGAUCCUGCAGGACGCCGCGGUCCAGGAGCGCCUGCAGGCUCUGGAUUGGAGGAUCCCGCCCGCCGCGCUGAAGUACCUCAGUGACACUCAGAACACCAACGGCGUCGCCGCCACCGCCGAUGUCAGCAGAGACAGCCAAGAUGAUCGACCAAUCAACUUGCGGGUUGUGAGUCAAACCAUGCAGGAGGGGGAGCUCCCGCUAGGAAAGCAGCUAGCCAACGAACUGAAGCGCCACCACAACCACAACCAUAACAACAACAACAACAGCAGCAGCAGCAGCUCAGAGGAGGCCAAAACACCAGCAACAGAAAACGGAACGUCGCAUCGGGCGCCCAGCUCCACGGAAAAGAAAACUAUCAAAUCAGAGCCGGAAGACUCCACAUAGUGCCUCCCGCCUCCCCACCGACCCCCCCACCCCGACCCCCCCUUGUCGCCCUCCUCCUCACACCUGACAGUAUGCAGUUCCUACCCGUCAGUAGAUACUAAGCAAGCACAGCCACAGUAGAGCCUUAACAACCGACGUUGCCUCAUGAAUAGCAUUUAUUUUGAUUUUUUUUGCCCUUACCUCUUUCAUUUGUUCAAAUAAUUGCCAAAGCACAUAAAGAGCACACCGGGAUGCCCCCUUCGCCCCACCGGGUGUUCUGCGGUGUGUAGACUCUUUACCUCUGCCGAGCUUUGCUUCUGUUGUGUUUUUUGUUUUUGUGGACAAGUGCGGGGACUGAAUCUUAACCUCAGAUUUCUGUUAUUAUUAUUAUUAUUUUACCCCCUCAACCCUCUUCUAAAGUCAUAACAUUAUUACACGCCCCCUAUUUUAUCAGUUGUCCUCAAUAACUUAGAAAAAGAAGUAGUUCCUCUUCCUCCGUGUGCAGACCCUUAGAUGUUUGGACUUUUUUGUUUGUGAUUCUGCAAAAUCAAGUACUAAUUAGUAUUAGUAUGAUUAUCUGCCUCAGCUUUUGUUCCGCUAAAUAUUUCACAGAUCUAAUUGUUUCCUUAAAUGAUCUGUCUUCUUAGAAGCGGCACCAUCAGCAUGGAACUCAAUGAAACACCUGUAAAUGAGUGCCGCCCUAGUGGGAGGCUGCUGCAGGAUGUUUUAUUUUAUUCAUUAAAAAAAUACAAUUAAUUCUAAAAAUGAUGAAGCAGCUAAGGUACCACUUACAAGUAAAGUUUGCAUCACUGCAGUUCUUCGUAAAAACAAAAUAAAAGACGGAUAUAUCGUAUUUGGACUAAAGUAUCCCCGUCAUUGAUAAAGUCAGACUUUAUCAACUGUGUUCACAGUAACUGUAGAAGUUUUUUGUGACAUGCUACACUUUAGCCACGUUAGAAUCAUUAGCCAUGUUAGCAUAUUUACAGUAACAUCCAACCUUUAGUU